GCCUAGUUAAAUAAAGGGGGGGGAAUUUAAAAAGCUCUUGUUUACCAUACUGCUAACCUUAACUGAAGACCAAAAAGUGAUUUUACAAUACAGACAAAUUUGACUUUGCAGCUGGCCCAUCUAGUGGAAAUCACUCAGUUCUGUCUCCAGGACAAGAUUCUGUCAGCAUCUCAGUCAUUCUGAAAAUUUUUCUUCAAAUGACAAACGCCAAUGACGACGGGGUACUAUUUUGGUGCUUUAGGUUUAGCCCGCAGGACUGUCGGGUGUGAUUGGUUUAGCCUACCAGGGGUGCUGCCCACAUUUUUUCCCCAGCCAACAGGAAAACCAGAACGAAUGCACUUUCUCCUUUUCAAUCUGAGCCAUAUUGAUAGUGCUAUGACCCAAUGAAAAUGGGAGACCACCAAGGGUGAAAUUAGUAGGGGUGUGAAUGUUUUUGUUUUUAAAGUGAAUAUCCUGAAAUUCUACACCUCCCCCCCCAUCCCCAGUGGCAAUUCACCAACUAGCUACAUAUAUUUUUACCACUUUACACAUGUAUUUUGGGAUUCCACCUCUGUAAACAUCAUUUGCCUGAUGACAUGCUAGUGGACGAGAGUCUAAUUUCUUACAAGCACAUUUGUUUCCACAUUCUCUCCAACUUCCCUCUCCUUGCUGCUUCUCCUCAAUUACCUUUGAACUUUUUAAAAUGAAGGGGAGGAGGCAUGAGAAGAAUAAAGGAAAUCCAAUUGAGAUUUUCCAUUGAUGUUGUAGAAUUCAGAACACUUUUUCUGGAUAAACUGUAACCCUUUUUUUAACACUCUCUCCUCUCUUCAUCAUGUGUGUUUGUCCCCCUUCGGAGGGGAAAGGGUCUGUCACUUGCUAGGCUGUGAUGGGCAUUGCUGCUUUCACAGCCCCGCCCCUUCCAGCAGGGCACCCAAUGGAGAUGCAGACCUAGGGUCCCACCCCGCCCAUCAGGUGAGCUAUAGAAAGACUCCACCAGACUGUCGAGCUCAUAACGGAGCUCAUAACGGAGCUCAUAAGGGACCACUGGCCUUUUCUUCUCUCCUCUACGCUGACCCGAUGGUGUUCAGAUCCCCGCUAGAGCUCUUUCCCGCCCAUUUCCUCCUGCCCGGCAUGCUAUUACCGGAGGAACCCCCUGCUUGCGCACCUGCCUCUGCUCUCCCUGGGCUCCGUUUCUCCGCGGCGCAGGUGGCCGGUGUGUGUGAGACUUUGGAGGAGACCGGGGACGUCGAGCGGCUCGCGCGGUUUCUGUGGUCCCUGCCGGUUGCCCCAGGUGGCGCGUGCUUCAUUACAGAGCAUGAGUCCGUCCGGAGGGCGCGUGCCGUGGUCGCCUUUCACACCGGGAACUACCGCGAACUCUAUUGCAUCCUGGAGAACCACAGCUUUAUGCGCCGCGCCUCGCACGGUAAACUACAGGCAAUGUGGCUCGAGGCGCACUACCGGGAGGCUGAGAGGCUGCGCGGGCGGUCGUUGGGCCCGGUGGACAAGUACCGUAUUAGGAAGAAGUUCCCUUUACCAAGAACCAUCUGGGACGGCGAGACGAACACACACUGCUUCAAGGAGCGGACACGGGGCCUGCUGAGGGAACGGUACCUCCAGGACCCCUACCCAGACCCCGCGAGGAAAAGGGAGCUGGCGCGCGCCACCGGGCUCACUCCAACACAGGUCGGGAACUGGUUCAAGAACCGGAGACAGAGAGACCGAGCAGCCGCUAACAAGAACAGGCUCGCGCACCACGGGAUGCGACCGAGAGCCAUGCUCGCUCUGGCCAGGACAGAAUGCAGCCCCACCGGAAGUGCGUGCAGCCCGGAGAUGAUCCUCUCCGUAAUGGACAGCGACUCUGACUUUGACAUCUGAAACUGCCCAUUGAUAACGGGAUACAUGCUACUAAGGGGCUUGGAUUUCACGGAGAAUUCAUAUGGACAUAUUUAUUUUUAUGUUAUAAGAGUUUGCUGUCUGAAAUACAUUGAAAUACAUACAUUAUUUACAAUGUGCAGAACAUUUCUCUCUCUUCUGAUGCUUUUCUGACCAUCAUGGUGUUUAGUGCACCUUCCCAGUCUGUCUAUCUGUAAAUAAAUUAUUCAUCUGAUGUCAGAAAUUGUACAGAUGGUCCUUUGAAGCACUGUAAAGGCUUGUUUGUUGGUUUAUAAUUGACAAAUACGUACUUUAUGGAAAUAAAUGUGAAUUUGA